GUAGGUCUUUGCAAACCCGGAAAAAUGGCCGAUAUCGAGCAAACUUUUCAAAGUGAUUAGCUAGCUUUUAUAAAGUAACUUAGAGUAGGUAUUAUUUCAUUAUUUUUACAAAAACAGUCUCUGAUGUAGUUGGUGACAAACAUACUCUCACCUACACCCUGUUGUUACGAGUUACUUUCAUUUCUUUGAGCGGUAGUACUCGUUACCGGUUAGCUGCUUAUUGUUACUGUAGCUGUGAGCCUCAGUCUUUUCUGUACUUUAUUAGCGCUUGUGUUUACAACACUAAAGUACAACAAGGUGUGGUCAGUUGUAAUGGUCUGUGACAGUCCAGCUAGUGUUUUAACACAACUAUAAGUUAUCAUGAGCUAGCCGAGUUAGCGGCAGUGAGUAGAGAAGGUGAAGUGUGAAGGGAAUCUUCUCUGGAUCUGUUUUAGAGAACUUCAUGAAGAUGACCCUGCAUGUAGAAGUACUCUGAAGUGUGGCUGAACCUGACUGACUAGCAGUUUGUGGAGCUCCAGACAUGUGCAGGUUUCUCCGCUACUGCUUCAGUCAUUCUCUUUACACCGCCAUGAGCAGGCUGGAGGAGCUUCGGACCGGGCUGAGUGUGUGGUCAUCCAUUCGCUACUUGGGCUAUUUGUCCACGCUUAAUCUACUCGUGGCGAUAUGUCUGGGCCUGUACACGCGCUGGGAGAGGACAGCAGAACCCGUGCUUCUGGUGGUCAUCAUCCUGGCCCUUUUUGUCUUGGGGAUCGCCAGCAUCCUUUACUACUACUUCGGUAUGGAGAAGCUCAGUCUCGGACUCUUCCACCUGUGGCUGGGCUUCCUGUUGGGUUUGCUGGGAUUUCUCAGCAACCCUUUCAUAGAUGACUUAAAGGAGCAAGUCAGCAGUUACAUGCUGAUAUCCAGCAUGGUCUUAAGAACACUGUGGGCUCUGGUGGAAAGAGUCUGUGGCUGCACCAGACAAAGGCCAGCACUCCUGACCUCUGCUGAGGCUUUGGAGCUUACGGGUUUCGCUGUGGCCAGCACAACCGAGGUGGCCCAUGCCUCCAUGAGCUUCAUAGCACUGACGCUGGCUGUCGCCACUAUGCUCGUGGACUUGCGAAUGAAGUCCUUCCUGGCCCUUCCGAACCUCAUCUGCUUCUCUGUGGUCACGGUGCUCUUCUUCUUCGACUCUUUGGGCGUUUCCCCAAACCCCUACGUGCUGGUGUGCUUCCUCAGCCGCCUCGUGUGCGAGCCCCUCUUGGAUCUGUACUUCGGUGGUCUCUCGGUGACCGAGCGCUGGUCCCCGUUUCUGAGCAGAGGAGGUCUGUGGAGGCGACUCAGUCUCCUGCCUCUGCUCGCUGUUGAAAUCGCGUUCCUGGUCCUGGCUGCCUUCAAGAUGGGUGAUCUGGACCAGUGGUAUGUGGUGAUUCCGGGUUUUUCUGCAUCCGGUGUUUUCUGGAUCAUCUGCCACGUGGUCUUCUUGGUUACCCUCUGGGGUUUCCACAGCAAGCUGAGCGACUGCCAAAGAGUAUGUGUGGCUCAGAGGGCCAAUCCCGGGGCACUGGACAGGGUGAUGACCUCCAAAGGAAUGCGCCACUUCUGCCUUGUCUCAAAACGCUUGGUGCUCUUCAGUCUUGUGUCCACGGUGGUACUCGGGGCCCUUUCAUGGCAGCCAAACAACAGCCUGUUCAUUGGGGUGUUUCUGCUGGUGCUGCCUCUCGAGUCUCUGGCUUAUGGGCUUUUCUAUGAGCUGGGAAACUGCCUUGGAGGAACGUGUGUGGGUUAUGCAGUGGUCAUCCCUACCAACUACUGCAGUGUGGAUGGACUGCCCACCCUGCUGCCCCCAGACGAGGUGCAGGAGCUGAACCAGCGCACCACAGGCAUGCUGAACAGCGUGCAGCACUUCUUCUCUCACUACAUGAUGAAGAUUCAUGGAUGCGAUUACUCCAGCAGUGGCAUGACGCGGGACACGUUGAACUCCAAGAUCCGCUCCUUCCUGGAGGCGCAGACGGUAGACGGGCCGCGCUACGACACCUACAUCCUUUUCUACAGCGGCCACACACACCGCACCGGAGAGUGGGCUCUCAUAGGUGGAGAGGUGCUGCAUCUGUCUGAGAUUGUACAGAUGUGGAGGGAGAAGAACGAUGGUUACUCCUCUCGCCUGGUCAUCGUACUCGACACGGAGAACUCGCUGCCGUGGGUGAAGGAGGUGCGCAAAGUGGAGGAGGUGUACAUAGCAGUACAAGGGGCCACGCUGGUAAACUCGAUGGACGUGGAGCUCCAGAACCUGCCUCAGAUCGGACAUUUCACCGCAGAGUGGGUGGAGUUCAACUGCAACCCCGAGAGUAGCGUGCGCUGGGCCGAGCACGGCCGAGCCGUCAUGGCGACCUACGGCGUCUCCGGACACUGGGGGGACUACAAGCUACACCUGCCUACAGGAAGUGAUGUCGCUAAGCACUGGAGGCUGUAUUUUCCGCGCUGGACGUAUCCCGUGGUGCAGCUGGCGCAUUGGAGCGUCUCUCUGAACCUCUUCUGGAUUUGCAGCGUGUGUAUGCGCUUCCUCCGCAGGCUCAAGCUGAGGUGGUUUCCUCCCGCAGUGCUCGACACCGGUCAGGGCUUCAAACUGGUCAGGUCGUAAGAACAGACCGAGCGCAUGCAGCUCUCACUGUUAGCGUGGGCAGACCUUAGUGAUUAUCAGCACUUGUUACAUGUGAAAUUGAGCAGCAACAUCUUGUAGAUUGAGAAGGAUUUGGUUUUGUGUGUGUGUGAAUGAUUUAUUGAGUGGUUUUAUGGUUCGAAACAUGUGUAAAUGCCAUAUCACCACAGAGAAAAUUGUAAAAGUUUUAAAGCAGAACCAGAAGCACUGCAAUGCAAAAGACAGCGCAUGAGUUCAUGUUCAACUAAUCACACUAACAUGUCUUUUUCUUUUAACCAUUCAAAGCACUCGCUCAGGGAUAGGGAUUAGUUCCUAAAGUAAAAUUCAGAGUGUUAAAGCAAGGUUACUGCAUUUAAAAAGUUUAUAGCUCAGCCUUCAUCAUCCUGAUCCUCAUCAUCCUCACGACCGUACACUAAGAGACUCGGGGUUUCUGCUCACAGUUGUUCCCUGUGGGUCAUUAAUCUGAGUCUCACUACAGCUCCACACAACAAGACUGAAAAGAUGAUGCCUUUCAUUUUAGGUUACAGGUCACUGAGGUCAGAAAUUCCAAUCAGAUUUAUAAAAAUCUAUUUAUAUUGAUGUGUUUUUGUAAAAGAAUGAAUAUUUGACUGAAAAGCAUUUUGUCCUUUUGUAAAUUUUGAUAUUUAUUCUUUACCUCAUAGCAAACCUAAGCUUUAAGGGGAAUUCAGGAACACUGUGCUUUUGUAUGGGUCUAUAAUCUGGGCUGUAUGUCCACAGGGACGGUCACAAGGUCAUUUAAUGACCUCACUUUGUUUGCAAAAAAAAGGAAAGGUAAAAUAAAAUAGGUUUAGUCCUGAACUAGAACUAAAGAUGUUUUUGUUUGUUUUCUUUGUUUUCAUAUAAGUGCCUUAUUAUGGCUGAGACUUCACCAAGAGGUCAGUCAUUAUCUGAAAGUGACCUGUUUAAAGAGUUAAUAUAAAAGAGUAUAAAAAAAUCAGAUGAUCACAGAGAGGUGUGAGGCUAACUGAACAAAGAUGAUGACCAUAACGUGUGUAAAGUUGCUGAAAAUUCAGCAGGGGGAUACUGAAGAGAGGUAAAUGGCUUUUCUUUCUUUCUUUCUUUCUUUCUUUCUUUCUUUCUUUCUUUCUUUCUUUCUCUCUCUCUCUCUCUCUCUCUCUCUCUCUCUCUCUCUCUCUCUCUCUCUCUCUCUCUCUCUUGAUUACUUUUUUUAAUGACAUUACAUGCAUGAAAUAAACACACUCCUUCCCUGGAAUUUGUUUUCUCAGCAUUUGUGUGUCUGGAUUAAUCUUUUUCAGGAAUUCUGAUCCUAACUCCAGGAAAAGUGCUCUACUUAUUUGAAAGUAAUGUUUUUUUUUUUGUUUUGUUUUUUUGCAUUUAUCAGAAACCUUUUCCUGACCACAGGUUCGAUCCUGGGCCUUGGUGUGAUGGAGAUACUUACAAUGUAAAUAUAUUUUUAUUCUUAUAUCACCAGAUCAGCUCUGCUUCCUCAAAUUGACUCUUAAAACACAAAAAUAAUGUUUUAUUUAUUGAUUCAUUACUAAAAAAAGAGUCGUUCAUGUUCAGAGUUCUUAUCAUUUCAUUAUUAUUAAGGCUUAUGAACGCUAAAUAUAAUUAAUCAGCAGAUAUGUUGUUAGUUUUAUAAUAUAAUCUUUAUAAAUGUUCCUAAUAAUUACUGCUCUCGGCGUGAGUCGUUUAGCUGAACUUUAGGUCGUUAGACGAGCAAGAAGUUUUUCACAAUCUAACAGAAACCAGCUUGAUCAACACACAAUCAGUACUAAUAUGUCAGUAGUGUCCAGUCUUAUCUAGAAACGGUCAGUGUGGGGUCAGUGGGGUCAAGCAGGAGCCACACCUGAUUCCACCUGUUUAAUGAACUCGUGUUGGCCUUCAGUAGACUCAGGUGUGGCUUCUGCUCUGUUGGAGUGACCUGCACCACACUGACCCUUUGUGGAUGAGACUGGACAUCCUUGUAAUGUGUUGCGAAGCUAAUGACUCGAUUUUUUCUUAGAACGUUGAUUAUCUUUAUUAGCAACAUAAUGUGAGUGUUUUAUCAUUUAUGAGGUGCUCAGUGAUGUCACUGGUCACUGCUGUAAAAGCUACAAAGUCCUUUUUCCUAAACUUUCACUUAAAAGUAUUUAACACGUGAAAUGUCCCUUUAUUACCGUCCCUAAGAUUUCUUUUAAAGCACUUGAGAGAAAUAGCUUUCUGACUAAAAAAUCUGCAGUCUUGUAUUUUUUAACACUCUGAAGAAGACAGGAAGAGAAGCUCGAGCUUUCGGCCGAUCAAUACGAACGCUUGUAAAUGACCAUAGUGGGUUGAAAUGUUAAGAUAAAUACAGAAUCACCUCGAAUUACAGCGAUAACUCGCUCCAAGACUCACGACUUACAUCCAAAAACAAAGCACUGAAAUCGAGCAAGAAAAAUAAAUCGCACUUUGAGUUCUCAAAUCCUGUCUCUAGUUUCCUCUUUCCCCAAACCCUCUGAACUCGCUAUAUUAUAUUAUUUUAUAUAUUUUAACAUCUGUGAUUUUUGCACUUUUUUGUUGUUUUUAGGUGAUUUUUUUUAUUUAAUGUUUGUUUCUGAUUGACAAAGUUGCAUAAACUGACAGUCAAAUUUAAUAAUAAUAAUAUUAAUAACAAUAAUAGUUAUUAUUAAUAUUAUUAUUAUUAUUAUUAUUAAAAACACUGUGCAGUUGGUAUAUCUGUAGUCCUGAAUGAGGAAAACAUUUUUGAGCCUCUUCUAAAACUAAUCAGGAAAAUUCAUUUUCAGCUCUUUUCAUUUUCAAGAACUCAUUUCUGUUUAAUUCAGUAACUGGUCCAUCACCUGAGCAGCAGAUUUGGUCAUCUUUUUGCCCCUUGUCCUGCUGGGACAUUAAAAUGUUUUAAACAAAAGAAGCCAGAAUCAUGUCAUACA